AUCUUCAUGGUUUCGUGGAACUAUUCAAUGACGCAUAUCAACUAGUGAUUAAAAUUUUUAAAUGGAAGAAUGUUCCAAUUGAGAAGUGGUUGGCCUUAAUGUGGGAAAGUAGAAGUCUAUGCCAUGCUCUCUGUGUUUCACCUGUUAAUGAGGAGUUCAUCAUGAAUUCAUUGAAUGAGAUCAGGGAACUUUCAAAUAUUAAUUUCUGGAUACGUCAUCUUCAGGGAAAUCAAUCAUCAUCGAUAGGGUUUCAGCAGAAUUUUUCUUUCUUAUUUGUCAGUUCUCAUAGGAACUCUUGCAGCCAUGAGAGCUCUUUUCAAACAGACUGUUGACAAAAGAAUUUCUAACACAGACAUCACAAUUGGUGAAGUUAAAAAAGCAGCUCUUGGUCCGAUUUCAAAUGUUCCUGUCCCAAUUCAUUCUACAUUUCUUGCUGGGUGUCCCUUUUAUGAUUUGUGCCUAGGACUUGUUACAAAUGGACAGUUAACAGAGGCUCUUUCCUCUGCAAAAGAAGCUCAUAGAUUACUUGCUAAACUCUUCCAAAGAAAGUUUACUCAUAAUGUUCAGCAGCAGAAUGAAGAGCACAAUGCAAUAGUUGAUUCCUUGAAGAGCAUUACAGAUAGUGUUGAGAAUAUUGGACUAAACUUAUCAGUUGCUAGGGAAAUUUUGCUAUUUGAUUCUAUAUCAUGGGACUUGAAAGACAGGAAAGUUAUGCAGUGUUAUCUUCAGAGCACUCUUCUGGUUUGAUUUUUAUCCCACAGUCCUCGGGAAAGUAAAUAUGUUCAGACGAAGGCAUGUAAUGUAUCUUAUUUCAACAAAAUUUGCAGUUGCAGGUAGGAAUCAUCCAUGAAAUGAUUGGAAGCUGAGGCUGAAACCUAUCGUAGCACCUAUAUGUAUUUGUGAGUUUCUGCAUUGGUGGAGAAGGCAAAAAUAAUUAGAGCUUGAAACAACAAAGCAGACAGAGUAACGAGAUCACAUCU